GCCAAAUUCUCAUUGCAUACAUGCAAUAUAAAGGGACCUGAAAAGAAUUAAUGCCAUAUAAACUAGUCAAUAGUCAACUUAUAUAAUAAAAGUUGACUUCGACUAUCCAAAAUCCUAACCACUAUUGGGACAGAUUCUUCUCUCUCUCUCUCUCUUUUCUUCUUGUCAUUAACAUUACUAAACUGCCGGUCGAGAACAAAUCAAUUUAGUAAAUUAAUAAUAGUGAUAAUAACUAGCCGUGUUUUAUUCAAGAACUUUGUUUUUUUUUGUCAUCAUAACAUUGUUAAUCAUAAAAAAAUUUAAAAAGAAAUAUGAAAAGGUCUAAAAACAUUAAACGUUUGACAAAAUUGGUUAAAAAUAAAAAAAAAUAAAAAAAAAAAGAAUAUAAAUAUAAGAGAAUCUAUCGACAUUUCCUUAUUAAAAUGAGAUUAAUAGGAUGAACAAGAAAAUCUUUUUUUUUUUUUUUGUCAAACAGAAAAUCUUUAUUUAAAAAGAAGUAUUAAGAUAGAGUUUUGAAAGAAAUAGCGAAAAAAGAGAUAUCUGUCUGAUCUUCUUCUCUCUCCAUUGACGACAGACAAAAGAAACAGAAGGAGGGUUGUCUCUUCUCUCCCUAAAAACCCGAUCUUUUUUUCCUCUUCAGCCAAAACCCUGAGAUUUUCUCGAGAAUCUGUUUUACACUGGUUUCAUUUUCUAAGGAACAAAAACAAAUGGGUGCUCAAAUUAUAUACUGUGAUGGCUUCGAGGUGGUUCCUCCUCCGCCGGAGAUGAACGACCUUAUAUUCUUCGGAAGCGACCAAUCCGGCGGCGGCUCAAACUGCGGUGAAUCGACUGUAACCACCGAAGAAGACGCUACUGUUUUCUCCGGCGAUAGUUCACCGGGAUGGCGUGAAACCAAGCUUUUCUCCUUCUACUUCGCUAAGCAGCCUGCUUACGAUGAUCACGACAUCAAAUCCAAGAUCGAUGCAGCUGAUUUCGAGAUUUAUCACUGGAAUAAACGGAGAAUUGAUAUCUACAGUGCUCAGAAGUCCCAAAGGGCUGAGUUGUUGUCUUUGUAUGCUCUAAUGGAGAGUUUGGUUGCUAAAUCGCACGGACGUAAAGUGGUUUUGGAAGAUAAGAAGGUGGAGUUUGAUUCUCUGCAGGAACGUCUACGGUGCUCUAGCAGUGAUGAACUUGACCAUCUUAUAUACACAGAAGAUUGGCUGCUUCAAGGGACCGAGAAGCCUGGUGGGAUGGCUCUAAGUGAUGACUCUCUUGCGCAGAAAGAAGCUUCGGUACACAGUCUCAAGUUAAUGGCUGUGGAAAUGAAUGAAGUAAAGAAGGAGCUUGAUGCAAAUGCAUGGAACAUUCAGCAGUUGAGUGACAAAGUAGGACAGACUCAGAACAAGGUCAUGGUUCUGGAAGCAGAAAUGUCAUACAUACUUGAGCAGAGAGACAAAUCAUAUGAAAGGAUUAAGAUGCUGAGGAUAGAGCGAGACAAAGGGAACGCUGCGUUUUACCACAGCAUUGCUGUUAUGAAGAGAGCCAAAGAACUGGCUGCUUCUGGAAACGUUAGAGACCUUGAAGUGUACUCUAGCUCUGAGGUUGAUAGGUUCAUGGCUCGUUGGAACAAUGACAAGUCUUAUAGAGAGGACUACGUGAAGAGAAUCUCGCAUUCACUCUGUGAAAGACAGCUGAGCCGAGAUGGGAGGAUUAGAGAUACUGAAGGUGAAGCUCAAGCUGUUUGGGAGAAGCUGGUUAAGACAAGAAAGGAAGGUAUGGCGGUUCACAAGAUGAACAGAGAAGAAGAUUCCAGCUCAAACUCUUCUCAAGAUGGGAAUGUAAUCACUGAAAAGCAAAAGAAAGAAGUGAGGAAGAAGGCGAUGGAGUUCAACAGGUCAAGUGCUGAGGAGAGUGAUGUUAUAGACUUGGAGUUCCCGGUGUAUGAGAAUCCGAAAAAAGAAGGAGAGGUUGAUGAAGAAACAUUGAAGGAGAAGAAAAGAGAAGAGCAGCUAGAGAAAGCUCAGUUAGCUAUGGAAAGGAAGAGGAAGCUACAAGAGAAAGCUACUGCUAAAGCUGCUAUAAGAGCUCAAAAGGAAGCCGAAAAGAAACUCAAGGAGUGUGAGAAGAAGGCGAAGAAGAAAGCUGCAUCAAACUCUUCUCUUAUCAAAUCACAAGAAGCAAUCAAUGAGCUUGAAAAGGUGAGUACUAUAGCAGUCUCGGGGAAAGAGAAACAGAGAUCAGUGUUUCCAAAGAGGAGUUUCAGGUACAAACACCGUGCAAGAGGAACCGAAGCUCUUCCUAAAGCUAUCCUAAACCGUAGAAAGGCUCAGAGGUAUUGGGUUUGGGGACUCUCCUCUGCUGCACUUGCUCUAGUGCUCUUCCUUGUGUUUUUACUAUUACGGUGAAAAUGAGGAAGGAAAGAGACGGUAAAAAAAAAAGGUUUUUUGACUUUACCUAAUUGGAGAAAGAGAGGUAUAGUCAGUGAAGGAGAAGCUGAUUCAGGACUUCCAAAUUUAUCUUAUAGUUCUUUGGAGUUCUUCAUAACCUUAGAUGGUAGUUAAAUAUGUUUCUGUUUGUUUAGAGAGCUGUCUGAAAAAAAUAAAAAAAAUAUCAUAAUUUUCAGUAGGAGCUUGUGAGAGUCCAUGGAGACCUCCAGCUGUCUUUUAAAUGAAUGGUUGUGGACUGAAUCCACUUUAGAGUCUCACUA